AUGGAAUACUCUAAUGAUAAAUAUGACGUUAUAGAAUAUUGUUUUCCUCAAAGUAAUUUAUCUUGCACUCGUAAGGCUCGGACGAGAAAUGACUAUGUUGUGAUGUAUGUUUUCUUUUCAUCAAUAUCAGUGUUCACAGUCUUUGUAAACUUGCUGGUGAUAAUUUCCAUCUGUCAUUUUAAGCAGCUGCAAACUCCAACCAACAUCUUCAUCCUUUCCAUGGCUGUGGCCGAUUUAUUCAUCGGUGGAAUUGUGAUGCCAGUCGAAAGCAUGCGACUAGUUGAGUCGUGUUGGUUUCUUGGGGAGAGCCUUUGUAACUUUUACCCAGCUGUAAUGACCAUACUUGUGUCAGCAUCACUUGGGCAUUUAGUGUUUAUAGCUGUGGAUCGUUAUUUAGCUGUUUGUGAGCCCUUUUUCUAUGCAUCCACAAUGACAGUUGGAAAAUCUGUGGCAUGUAUAGUAAUAUGCUGGCUCAGCUCUGCUCUAUAUAACUUGACUCUUUUGAAUGUAAAUGAGAAUAUGAACAACCCUCAUAGACAGAGUAGCUGUGUUGGAGAAUGCUUGUUGCUUAUUGACUUUACAUGGGGCAUGGUUGAUGUUGUAAUCUCCUUUAUAUUGCCAUGUUCCAUAUUGUUCACUCUAUAUCUAAUUAUUUUCUUUGUGGCCAGAAAUCAGGCAAGGGUCAUAAAUGCCCAAUCAGGGAAUAUGUCAAACAAUGCAAAAUGUGUAAUCUCAAAGAGCUCUGACAGGAAAGCAGCCAAAACACUUGGUAUUGUGAUUUUUGUUUAUCUCUUGGGCUGGAUCCCAUAUUACAUCAGCAUUCUCACACAAGAGAGUACUUCUGUUGCAGUGUAUGUGUUAUCAUGGCUCAUGUACAUCAACUCAUUUGUAAACCCUCUUAUCUAUGCCUUGUUUUACCCAUGGUUUAAGGUGUCAGUUAGACACAUUGUUACUUUAAAGAUUCUGCACACAUCAUCAUCUCAUCUGCAUCUGUUACCGUCAUGA